AUGGCCUCCCAACCACCCCGCGUGCAGCGCCUCCGAUCCCAAAUGACAGCCCACCACCUCGACGCCAUCAUCUGCACGCAACCCACCUCCACCUUCUACCUGUCCGGCUUCAACCCAAUCAUCUACUCCGACCCCGUCCUCGUCAUCAUCUCGCAGCAAUCCGCCCCAAUCCUCCUGGUGCACGCCCUCCGCAGCUCGCACGCCAAGUCCAGCGCUUGGACGCCCAACAUCGGCCUGUACGGAACCUGGGGACAAACUCCGACCCUGGCGCCAACCUGGCCCGCGGCCCUGAUCACCCUCCUGGACCGCUGUGACUUACCCGAGCACCCGACCAUCGGCAUCGAGCACGACUGCCUCCCAAUGACCCAAUACACCCUGCUCCACCACACCCUCCCGACCACAAAACUCGCCAACUGCACCCCCCUCCUCCACGCCUGCAGGGCCCUCAAAGACCCCGACGAGAUCGCCCACACGCGCGUUGCAGCCACCCUCGCCGACAAAGGCAUGAAAGCCGCCGUCGCAGCCCUAGCGCAGCCCUCCAUAACCGAACGGGACGCCGUCCUCGCCGCACUGCAGACCAUGCACACACACUGGGCAGCACAUUACCCCGAUGUCGAGAUCUGUGACUUCGGGUCCCCGGAGGGCGGGGUCAACAGCGGGUUGACGGCGUGGGUGCUCUCGGGUCCGCGACAGUCGUUCGGAUGCGAUAAUCCGACGCCCCGGAUCCCGGUGCCCGGGGAGAGUGUCUCCGUGUUUGUGUGGACGGUGGCCAACGGCAUGCACGCGGAGCUGGAGCGGACGGUUUGGAUCGGGGAUGUGGAUCUGGCGCAACAGCUGGCGAUGCAGGCUGCUUCGGAGAUCCGAAUGGAGGUUCUGCAGCGCGUCAACCCCGGCACGGCGGUCCGGGAGUUGUACCGCACUGCUAAACGCGGGUAUGAGCGGCGAGGGUACGGGGCGUAUCUCCCGCGGCGGAUUGGGCAUUCCGUGGGGCUGGGCCCGCAUGAGCUGUUUUUUCUCGAGGAGACGGAGGAGCGGAUGUUGCAGGCGGGGAUGGUGCUUGCGCUGGAGGUGAAUCUUCUUGUCCCUGGGUUGGGGGGCGCGGGUGUCCAGUGGUCGGAUACGUUUCUGGUUACGGGGGAUGGGUGGGAGCGGUUGACGCGGUUUGCGGAGGGGGUGGUUCGGGUGAGGACGGAUGAUUGA